CACAAACGACGAUGAUUCACAUAGACUGAGCAGUGGACUUUUUUGGAAUUUCUUUUACUAAAACAGAACUCAAAAUGAAGCUGUUUAAGAUACUGCUGGGAUGUUUCACGGGCUUGAUCAACACGGCGCUACUAGUGACCAGCAAAGUGUCCCUGGUUUAUCUACUGAGUCUCAAGGGCUACCAAGACGUCCACGAUGAGCAGUGGUACACCGCUGUCAUGGUGUUGUUGUUGGUACCAGAAGUGUUCGGCUUUCUCGUUCUUUUAUGGAAUACUUCCUUCUUGGUCAGAGGCGAACUGCAGAAAUGGCCGAGCAUUGCUGCUGUGUUUGCGAAAAGUCUAAACGUUCCUGUUUCUCCGCCAAUCGCAGUGGAUACCACAUCGCCGGAGACAUCAUCGAGUCGGAAACGCUUCCUCAUGAUCUUCCUAUCAUCGCUAAGCUUACUCUUUGUGAUAGCUAUAUCCUGUCUCUUGGCGUCCUACACUGUGAUCAAAACUUCAACAGUCGUGUGUCUAGCCGUAUCCGUACUCACCUUGUCUUUUGUGUGGUGUCCUUGCGUCCAGAUCUUCACUUUUAGUUCAUCCACUGGGAAGUUCAACGGCAGAAACCAAGGAAGCUUAGUGUACUCCAUCUUCAAAAUCGCAGCCAUUUAUUUCGCGACAAUUUUGAUAGUGCUCCUGAACUACAACGGCGUGACAUUCACCACAGCAGUCUACGGACUCAAGGAAGGUUUUUCGUUCGUAAACGAUGAAAUUUUGCUUUACCCAGUACUCAUCACAUCUCUUUGCAGUCUGGGAAGUCAUUGUGUUUCCCACCUGUCUACAUAUGCUAAUGUUGCAUUCGCUGGCGUCACUGUGUCAGCGAUGCUCGCAACCCCACUCACCUCUGGUGCUUGCAUUUACAUGUGCGUUUUCCACGUGUUUCCCCACGUGACGGGUCAGACGUGCAGUUUCACCACUUUGACUUACGUCACGUUCAUAUUGGCAGGUUUGGGAUGGAUGAUUCCGUUCAUACUUUUCGGAGUAAAGCUCCAGAAAUCCUCGAGAAUUUACAUGAAGCCGAGGCAUGAAAUGUAUAUCAGCUCCACGUGGAAUAAUAUCUUCGUCGACCAGCACAAUAUGCUGAGUUACAAACACGAUGGCAUUCAUAGACCAAAUCACGACAACGUGAGCGACAUUUCAACCCCUGACUCCAAAACCAGUCGUGUGUUCGUCUGCACAACGAUGUACCGAGAAGCCGACUACGAAAUGGAACGCCUCCUUCGCAGUUUGCAGAGACUCGCUCUGUCAAAGCGUCUCAACAGUGUUUACCUCGAGUCCCAUCUUUUCCUGGACAAUGGUGCUAAGAAAAGAAAGCUCACUGAGUUCGCACUGCAGUUGCUGUCUCUGCUCGAGUGCAAGCUCGAAGUUCACAAGCUUGAUUGUGUCACGUUUGAAACGCCGUAUGGGCUCCAACUACAAUGGGUGCUUCCCGGAAAUAUGCCGUUUUUCGUCCAUCUGAAAGAUUCGAGCAAGUUCAAACCGAAAAAGCGCUGGAGUCAAGUCAUGUACAUGAAGUACAUCUUGAAUUACCGCGUGAAAAAAAACUCGGAAAGGUGGGACAUUACCGAGCUGGGUGCCCACACGGAUUUUUACAAAAUCAGAAAGAACGCCAGCGCCAGUACGCUGGACACGAUCUGCAUUGAUGAGAUUAGACUGAGACUGAGUGGCUCGAUGGCAAGCCUGGACGCCAUCAGCAGUACCUCUAGACUAGAAAAUACCGAAGAUGAAGCGAUGAAAGAUUUAGCAAGCCAAGGUAGGAGAGGUUCCGCCACAAGUAUCGAUCAAGGCAUUGAAAUGGGCGACGAACAAUCUUCUUUGUCGUCUGACACGUCGAACAAGAACAAAGCUCUCCGACCGAAAGAAGCGCGUGAUUCCACUGACGGAAAAGAAAACGAUCUCACAACCAAGGGAGAUAACCCUAAAGAAAAUGAAGACGUCUGUCGUAGAGUGGACGGGGGAUGUCGUGAGUCAAUGUCCUCGGAAAGCAUAGGAGACUCCAAAGUUUCUGAUGACUGCGGCAUUAUCAUGAAAAUUGGAGAUCUUCCAGACGCCAGUACACCUUGUAAUACUCCUGUAUCUGUUAUCAUCGAAGACAUGUCUGCAGCUUCUUCAGAGAAAGCCCCGAGCAUCCCACGCACCCCAUCGCAAGUGGACGUCAUCCCAAACAUUUUCACCGUGUCCGGGACAUCCAUCGAUGACCAGAGGUAUGACGUACCGGAAGAUGACGUCAUCGAUAAUCAGACUUACAUCCUGGCAACUGAUGCAGACAUGGAGUUCAAGGACACGAGUCUGUUGUCUCUUUUGAAGACAUGUAACGAAGAUAAGCGUCUUGGAGGAGCUUGCGGAAGAACGUGUCCAGUCGGAAAGAAAAAUGGCCCCAUUGUGUGGUUUCAAAUGUUUGAAUAUGCAAAAGAUUUCUGGAUGAUAAAGAGCGCUCAGAAUGUUAUUGGUUCCGUUAUGUGCUGCCCUGGUUGCUUCAGUCUUUAUCGUGCCUCUGCCCUUGAAGACGCCCUCGUGGAGUAUGAAAAACCCACCGAUAUACCCUUUGAUGUGUUUAUCAAAGACACAGGGGAGGAUAGAUGGAUGUGUACGUUGAUGAUGAUGCAGGGCUGGAGGUUGAAGUACGAAGCCACAAGUCUUAACACGACUCACUGUCCGGACAAAUUUGAUGAGUUCCUCAAACAACGGCGUCGGUGGAUUCUUUCGGACAUGGCGAACACGAUCCUAGUGUCCAAGAACCUUCGGAGUUUGUCGCAAAGGAACCCUUGCUUCUCUUUGAUGUAUAUACUCUACAUGCUCCAGAUGUUCAUCGUGGUUCUUUUGUCGCCCGCAUCCACGAUAGUUAUGUUAACAGCUGGACUAGAUAUGGUUUUGUCCAUUCCAUUCAUGUUUACUACUCCAGUGUACGGACUGUGCCUUGUCCUGUACACUCUGAUAUGUGUAUCGAGUUACACAAAACUACAGACAUACACCACUAUGGUUCUUUUGGUUCUGCUUGCUGUCAAUAUCGUCAUCGUUGUCAUUGGCGGAGGGAUUUUCAUAAUUAAAGACAUAAUGAAAGAUAUCGCCGAGGGCACAGUGCAGUUUCAAGAACAUUACAUCCUGAUCAUGUUGAUGGCCAGUUUGAUCUACGCCGCUUUACUUCACCCCCGGGAGACUUGGAUUCUAACCCAUGGGCUUUACUACAUGCUCUUCUUCCCGGCCAUGCACAUCCUUCUUCCGAUGUACGCCAUCAGUAAUAUCGUGGACCAGAGCUGGGGAACACGGGAAAAUCAAAAGGCGAAAAUUCCGAAAAUAUCCUGUUUUCCUAUUCGACGAAAACUGAAGAAAAAGAAGAAAGCCAAGAAAACUGGUGCCAAAAAGACUGGUGAGACUGAGCAUGUGCACAGCGUUUUUCCGUCAAUGGCGGACGGAAAUUACGAACAACAGAUCGAGUUUCGUUUCUGGUCCGAGGUCAGGGAAAAAAUCCUCGGCCUAGACGUGAAUCUGGGGCUGAGUCUCGAGAACAUGACAUUAGGACUGCGCAAGCUUCGUUUGAAUGCGGUCAUAGGCAUCCUGUCAGCGAAUGGUUUGUGGCUCUGCUGCCUCAGCGUGCUCUACUGGUAUACUUCGGCAGGCUACACGAAGGUGAACGCUUACGGUCUGAUCUGCGGGGUUCUUUACGGGUUCUCUUUCACCAUACAGGUGCUAGGUAUGACCACUUACCGUGUCAAAGUCGCCGUGAACUUUCUCGCUAACAUGGCGAUGGAAGCCGGGCAGCAGAUCUGGGUAACGGAAUCGACUCGGGCGAAGUUAUAAUAGCUGGACGAAUUCCCGACUUCCCGUAGCAGUGAUAUUUGUGCGGUUCCGUUUUUGAUCGUAUUGUGUACAUGGUAUCGUUUUAUGGUAAUACUUUAUUGUUUCUUUAUCUCCGUCUCGGUAGGUGAAACCGGGAACAAGCUACCAAUGAUACAAAUUGCAGCCACACAGACUAAACUGCGAUUCAAGAGAGAUAAUAGGAUGGAGAAGGAGUGAAUAGUGCAAGCGCCUUACGAGCAUCAACGUUGUACACCACCCUGGCGUUUGUCGGCACUCGUGGAUUGAUCGUGUAGCAUACACAUAUUGCAACGUUUUGAAGCAAUGUUAUAGCACGGUUUUAUGUUAAUACAAUGUAACCGCAAGGGCGGAGACUUGAUAUUGGGUUUUGAAAGCUAAAAUAUUACCUGUUCAUUUGCUGAUAAAAAAAAAAACAACAACUCAUUAUUGAUUGAAACAUUUUUUGUAUUUAUACGAUAGCGGCCAGUAUGUUAUAAGUGGGGAAAUCCUUCUAUCAGAAAGACAGCACCUGCUUUCGCAUUAACAACAGCCCUGAUAUGUAGAGAAUGUUGGAUUGGACAAGGUGUUUCCAUCAACCAACACUUAUUUCUAUAUUUAUGUUCAUCUCAUUAUAUAUGAUGAGUAAAUUAAGCCCUUAGUACACUAUAACACGAGAUAAAUACUGUUUUGAUUAAUAAACUUCAGUUUAAUGAACGAUAGGUUGUAAACAGUGGUAGGGGCCUCCGUGGCCGAGGUGGUUUACGUGCCAGCGUGGGACAAGAACUCAGAAGCCUCUCAUCAAUGCGGUCGCUGUGAGUGCAAGUCCAAACCUUCGUGGGAAGGUCUGGCAUCAACCUGCGGAUGGUUUUGACUUAUCAAUGGGCUGGCGCCGGUUUCCUCACACCAUAAUGUUGGACGCUGUCGUAUAAGUGAAAUGUUCUUGAGUUCGACGUAAAACAUCGAUCAAAUAUGUAAAUAAAUAUUGUGUUCUGUACAUCUGGCUAAAACACACAAAAACUGGUCAGUGUGUUCACAUCUGUUACACUGUAUUGUAUGUACGAUCGUAGUUACUUCCAGAAACCAAUAUUGUUGUCAUAUAUCUACAUACAUGUUUGCGCUGUAACGAGGCACAUGACUACACGUUCAUUUGAAUCACUUUUGUCAUGUCCGUUUUGUACGCAGGCAGUGUUUGUGGGCUGUGUGUCUCAGAUUCAGGGUGGGUACGGACUGGCGGUGGGGAGGAUGUUCUCCCACUGUUAUACAUGUUAUUAGAAGUCCAUUACCUAGAAGUAUACAACUUCCCUGUAGCUAGUCUCCACGGCACUUUACACUACUCUUCCAUCUCUUCACACAUUAUGUGACGCAUCUGCGCAGCCAUGUAUUUUUUCUCUCUAUUGUGCAGCUAACGUUUGAGAAACGGCUGAUGCCUGGUGGGAUUCAAACGCGGUUAUACUGAAAUAGACUUCAAAAAAUUACAACAAUAAUAUCUUUGAUAGAAAUUGUUUUAGAGUUGCUUGGAAAUAUAAAAAUAGUCAAUGGGUUUAUUAUAACUGCAUACAAACCAUGAUUAUCGAAAUCGUAGUUUUCAAACAGGGAGUUUCGGUUUCGAGGUGUGGCCAGUUCUUUUAGCAGCGGUUUACAUUUAGAUUUCCCAUGAUUCAGUUCACAAUUCCCACCCAAGAGGUUGGCAUAUUUCUCUACCAGGUGGCGCGAGAUUCUACAGAUGACGUAAUAUGUAUACUGUGCCGUGGAGACUACCUAUAGGGAAGUUGCAUACUUCUAGGUACUUUUCUGGACUGAAAUUAUCUAUGUGUAUUUUUUUGUGCAUGUCAAAGGCAUUUUGCUUUGUAAUUUUCAAGGAAUAUAUUUGAGUUUAAUAAAUGUAAUAAAUCUAAAUACAACGACUGAAAAUGA